UUUACAAGAAAAUAUCUUGAAGAACUUGAAAUCCGAAUAUAAAAAAUGAUGAUGAUGAUGAUACUUCUCUUGUGCCCAAUAAUUUUCUUUUCCGUUCUCUUUUCGAGAAAACAAUCCAGAUGGAAGAAAGGUAUGAUACCUCCUUCACCACCAGGACUUCCAUUGAUCGGAAACCUUCAUCAGCUCGGCCGCCACACUCACCGAUCACUAUGCUCUCUCAGUCACCGUUACGGUCCUCUCAUGCUCCUUCACCUAGGGAGUGUCCCCGUUCUUAUAGUCUCUUCCGCGGAGAUGGCUAAAGAAGUUUUGAAGACGCACGACGUGGCUUUCGCGAACCGCCCGAGGUCAAAACUCUCCGAGAAGCUUCUUUACAACAACCGUGAUGUGGCCUCAGCUCCUUAUGGAGAGUACUGGAGGCAAAUGAAGAGGGUGUGCGUCAUUCAUCUCUUAAGCAAGAAAAUGGUACGAUCUUUUAGAGAUGUAAGAGAAGAAGAAAUCAGUUUGAUGAUGGAAAAAAUCAAGAAAUCAUCAUCGGGUUCUUCGCCUUUUAAUCUAAGCAAGAUCUUGGAGAGUUUGACUAACGAUGUGAUAUGUAGAGUCGCUUUGGGACAGAAGUAUGGUGGCGAGACGGACUUUAAGAAGUUAACCGAUAGACUGAGUGAGCUAUUGGGGACGUUUAGUAUUGGGAGUUUUGUACCGUGGCUUUCGUGGAUUGAUUGGAUCCGCGGUUGGGAUGCUCAGCUCGAUAAGACGGGAAAGGAUCUUGAUGAGUUCUUUGAGAGAGUUGUGCAAGAUCAUGAAGAUGACAACCACCGAGAUAGGGCUGAUUUGAUUGAUGCAUUGCUCACUGUUAAAAGAGAGAAGAGUGCCGGGUUUGAGAUAGACAGACUCAGCAUAAAGGCGAUCAUGUUGGAUGUUUUUGUGGGUGGUUCGGACACAUCGUUCACGCUUUUGGAAUGGGCGAUGACAGAGCUUCUACGUCAUCCGGAGUCUAUGAAAAGACUCCAAGAAGAAGUACGUACGAUUUGUAAGGGGAAAUCUAGUGUAUCGGAAGAUGACACUCAAGAAAUGAGAUAUUUGAAUGCUGUGAUCAAAGAGGCACUCAGGCUACACCCUCCAUUUCCAAUGAUGGCUCCUCACGAAUCAACGGAGGAUGUCAAACUAAGAGACUACCACAUACCUGCUGGUACACAGGUGAUGAUGAAUGCUUGGGCGAUAGGGAGAGAGGCUGCGACAUGGGGACAAGACGCGGAGGAGUUUAAACCUGAGAGGCAUUUAGAUACAUCUGUUGAUUUCCAAGGUCAACAUUUUGAACUGCUUCCAUUUGGAGCAGGGAGAAGGAUUUGUCCAGCAGUAUCUUUCGCUGUGACGUUGAAUGAGGUGGUUUUGGCUAACUUGGUGCAUGGGUUUGAUUGGAAAUUACCGGAGGGAUCUACUGAAGACAAGACCGAUGUCGCUGAAUCUAGCGGUUUUUCGGUUCACCGCGAGUUCUCUCUUUAUGCCAUUGCGUUGCCUACUUAACUUGGGCAUUGCUAUGUUAUGUGUGUGGAUUGUUCUUUUCUUUCUUUCUUCCCCGUUCUCUACAGUAUGUUUUUUUCAUUAGUUGUCAUGUGAUUUUGAGUAUUUUUAAUCAAUCAUCUUGCUUUCGUGAUCACAUUAGUAAAUCUUGCUCUUCCGGA